CGUCACGCAAUCGUUCCAAAGUUGUCAGUCAGUUCAUUUUAAAGAUGGCGGCGGUUUCUGAAUUUGCGUUGUCGAAAAGAGGGUUGAUCAAACAGACCCCUCCUAAACCGUUUCUCAUAGGAGUUGCUGGUGGAUCAGCUUCCGGAAAGUCAACAGUUUGUGCCAAGAUAAUGGAACAACUUGGUCAGGAUGCAGUAGAAUCCAGAAGAGUUGUUAUCAUCAGCCAGGAGAGUUUCUACAAAGAACUUUCUGAGGAGGAAGCUGAGGAAGCUAAAGUGGGAAAUUUCAACUUUGAUCAUCCAGAUGCGUUUGACUUUGAGAUGACACUUGAUACUUUAAAGAGAGCAAAAGUAGGUGAAACUGUUGAGAUACCUCUCUAUGACUCCGUCAAUGCUACAAGACAAAAAGAAUCUGUCACAAUACACCCUGCUGAUGUGAUAUUAUUUGAAGGAAUCUUAACAAUCUACUUCAAGGAACUACGUGACCUGCUUGAUAUGAAGCUUUUUGUGGAUUCAGACAGUGAUACCAGACUAUCGAGAAGAGUGUUAAGAGAUACUCAGGAACGAGGGCGAGAGCUUGAUCAAGUAUUGGCCACAUACACAAAUUUUGUAAAACCAGCAUUUGAAGAUUUUUGUCUUCCGACAAAAAAGUAUGCAGAUGUGAUAAUACCAAGAGGAUCAGAUAACACAGUGGCUAUUGCCCUCAUUGUUCAACACAUAAAAGACAUUCUGAACGGAAACAAGAGCAUUCGAUCUGAAGAUAGUCAUGAGCUUGAACGCCGUCAAAGAUGCCUCUCUGACUCAAGCUUUUGUGUUUCUAAAGAUGACCUUCGUUCGGAGUGAUAGGUGCAUGAGUUUUUGGUGUCGAUGUUAUUGUAAAAUAUAGGUUGAAAGGUUAAUUUAUUGAGAUAGAUGAAAUAAGUACAUCGAUCAUUUAUUUUGUAUUCUUUGGUGUGAAUGUUAAUAAUAUGUGAAUAAAUUCCCAGUUAUGUUUGUA